AUGGCGAUCGAAGAGCGCGACAUUAACGCAUGGCAGUUUUCAGCUUUUCCGAGUGCACCCUUCAAUCCACCACCCUUGCAGGCGAAGCCAGGGUGGAAGACGCUGGAGACUGAGCUGCAGCAUCAGUCCCGAUAUUGCCACGACAAGAUCCAGUGUGAUCUUGACUCCCUGCAUGCCCAGGUUCUCAACGAGGUCCACACUGCCGUGGCGCAGGAGAUCCAAAACUCUGCUCGAGGUCUGCACGCCUUGAAGAGUCAGGUCAACUCCGACAUCGACAGGUUGCAGUCUUCAGUCAGUGGCCUCUCCAAGGACACGGAGCUUCUGCGUGUGCAGCGGGAUCGGGACAAUGAGGAAGUGGCGGGAGCCAUCAUCGAGUGCUCCGUGGCCAAGCCAUGCAUGCAAGCGCUUCUUAGCGAAGCUGAUGGAGAUGCGAACAUCUGGAUUCAAGUAAAGGGGGUUAGUGACCAUGAGCUACUGCGCAUUCAACUCGAGGCCAAGACGCGAGUAGUUGAUCUGAAGCAACAGCUGUCUCUGCUUCUUGGUGUGUCGGCUGACGAUCAGCAUCUGGCUUGGUCCCGGCAGCUGCUGAAGGAUGACGAGCGUCUUGGUGAACUUGUGGCACUGAUGCAGGCGGAGAUUGAGCUUUAUGGGAUGCUAGCCUCGGAUCUGAACACGCAGAGCAAGACGGCCUCAACGAGGCUGGAGCUUCUCCUUUUCGUGGCUGCGGGCUUCUUUGACGUUCGGGUGCCCGAGGAGCGCAGCAGCCCGGGCUUCUUGCUUCCCAAGCUCUCAUUCUCCUUCCCGCAGCUUCCUCUUGCGCAGCGAAUCUUCGUCGAGGACGUAGAGACAGGUGCCUGGGCGGAGCAGGCUGGCGUUCGCCCCGGUGACGAGAUCCUGGCUCUGGGUGGUCGCCGGGUGUCCAGCCUGGUUCGAGGUGAGUUCAGUGCGCUGCUGGAGCAGACCCUGUGCACAAGCGGCGUGAUCCAGUUCUACAGGGGCGGGCUCGAGUCGUACUUUCCUGCGAGCUUCUCUUCGAAUGGUACCAGUGGCAGUGUGGAAAGGAACUCCGUGCUCUGCCUGAUCGCCAGCAUGGAAGACCAUGAGCUCAUGGCAAUGCGCUUGCCGACUGGUGCGCGGAUCCAUGAACUGAAGCAACACCUCGCGCGGCUGCUUCGCAUGCCAGAUUCCUCCUUUCAGCUCCUCUUCCAGAACAAGCCGCUGGAGGAUGACGCGGGACUCGACGGUUACGGCCAAGGGACGCGGCUUGCUCUGUUGCGUGUUGCUCUCUUCACGCAGGAGGAGUUUGGAGAGGCACUUAAGUCGGAGCUGCAAGCGGAGCUUGGCCUGGCCUUCUGUGACCCCGCCUUCCUUCCGACAGGCCGCCUUGCGGUUGCAGCCGUUGAUCCUCAGAAAUGGGCGGCAAUGCUGGAGUUCUUAGGCGAGGAUGAUCUCGAAACACCGAGCGAUGGCCAGGUCGUGGCAGUCCUUCCGCGGAAUGACUUCAAUGCACUAGUCAGCCGCGGCCCAAUGAACUUCCUCUUCCACUCGGCCGACGUUCCACGAGCUCUUCCGGAACCAAACCCCGCAAGCGUGGAGGAUACCGUCCCAGACUCUGACGGUGCAGACGGUGCAGACACUGCGGUGUCCAAAGUUUCUCAAGCUUCCGAGACGACUGCUGCCACGAUGUCUGGGGAGGUCUCGGAACUUCGCGCGGGCAUGUCGGCCAUGAGGGCCGAGUGGGAGAGGACAGUCCAGGAGAAGCUUCAGACACUGGACCAGGCCUUUGCAGAGCGCUUCACAGCGCUCGAGUCGCGAAUGGCUGCGUGCCUGGAAGCCUCCGAGCAAGCAGCGAAGGAAAAAGAGGAGAGUCAAGCCGCCGCCCUGCAAGCAGAGACUCUCCAGCAGGCCCUGCAGAGAGCCCGCGGCUUCGAGGAGGAGCUGCGUGCGGAGCUCCAGCGCUUGGACGAGGCAGCGCGGGUGGCGGCCCAGGCAGCCCAAGCGGAGAGACAGCAGCACGCGGAGUCCUUGAAGGCCAGCGAAGAGCGCCAGGACUCCCUGCUGGCGCAGCAGAGCGCGGAGCUGGCGGCGACUCUGGAGCGUCUCGCCGGAGUGGAGGCUUUGGUGGCAGAGAUGGGCUCGAAGGAGGGUCGCGAGGCGAAGUUGGAGGAGCGACUGACCACCAGAGUUGAGGCCGUCGAGGCCUUGUUGUCUGGCAGCAGGAGCGGCGAGCAGGCUGUUCAGGAGCAGCUGAUGACCUUGGAACGAAGACUGGAGGAGCACCACCAGCAGUCGGUGAAGGAGCUGCAGAAAUUCGAAGGCGAGUGCAAAGAGGAGCCGGCAGCCCAGAGGGCCCCGAGAGCCAUUGAGAGCGCAGAGUGGAGGUGCUUUUUGAUGGUGGUGUGUGCUCCUCAGGCUGGCCUUUGCCACCUGCAGCUGGGCUCGAGUUGUCAAUUGGCAGGCCGAGGCAUCGGGAAGCAGAUUAAAAAAAUGCGUUUUUGA